GGAGUGCAAUUUAGGCCUGACUGUUUCUCUGCUCUGGCAUGGCUCUGCACAAUCCAACUAUUGAAAAUGAGUAGUGGUUUUAUUUCCGAGAGUAAGCUUGAAGAGAAAAGGAGGCUCCGACAGGAAGAAUGGGAAAAGGUUAGAAAGCCGGAAGAUCCUAGUGAGGCUCCUGAGGAAGAGUAUGACUCACGAUCCCUGUUUGACAGGCUUAAAGAACAAAAGGACAAAAAACAAGCUGACUGGGAUGAAGCUCACAAACUAAAAAACUUGGUCAGAGGCUUAGAUGAUGAUGAAGCAGGGUUUUUAGAUUUUGUUGAUCAGACAAAAUUGGCUGAAGAAUCAAGGAUUCUUCAAGAGGAAAGAGAUGAAUUAGAAGAGUACAGGAAAGCUGUUGCUAAAGAAAAUGAAGAAAGGCUUAGAACAGAAGUAAAAUCAAUUGCGUCAAUCGUGCAGCCAACGAAAUCUGGACAGUCCCUACUCCCAUCAAUUGGUGUGUCAAAAGAAAGUCAAAAAAGUAAAUUGAAUGCCUGUGUUGUAAAAAGGAAGAACACAAUUAGUAAUUCAGAAAUAGCAGACAGUUCAAAAAAGUCUAGAACAGAAACUCCAGUUGCAGUUGUAUUGUCACCUAAUAAUGACUUGAAAUGUAUUGCAAUUCUCCCUGGAAUUGGUUGCUAUGAGACAAGUGAUAGUGAUUCCAGUGCUGAAUCUGUUGAAAUCGAUGAUAAUCAAAAUAACCAACAGUUUGAUUUAUGUGGAAGACCAAUAAGUUAAUUUGUGAAAAAAUCAGUACAUGUUAUUACAUUCAAGGAUUUUCAAUUGUA